CUUGAGGUUAGAGAGGUCAACAUUCAUUCACUCCAAUAGGAAGGAGACGAGGAGGAAUUUCUUUAAUCAGCGGGUGGUGAAUCUGUGGAAUCCUUUGCCACAGACGGCUGUGGAGGCCAAGUCAGUGGAUAUUUGUAAGGCAGAGAUAGACAGAUUAUUGAUUAUAAAGGGUGUCAUGGGUUAUGUGGAGAAGGCAGGAGAAUGGGGUUAGGAGAGAGAGAUAGAUCAGCCAUGACUGAAUGGUGGAAUAGACCUGAUGGGCCGAAUGGCCCAAUUCUGCUCCAGUCACUUAUGAACUAAUGCAUUUGUGCUGACAACCAAGUAACCUUUGAAGUAAUGUCAUCUCCUUUAUGCUUCCUUCCACUCACUGUCUUCUGCAGGCGACCGGGAUGUUUUCCGUGACCGAGUUCAAGUGGCUGACUGACCCACAAACAGCUUACCGCAUUCUGAAGCCCUGGUGGGAUGUGUUUAGCCAUUACAUCAGCAUGGUGAUGCUCCUGAUAGCACUGCUGGGUGGAACUCUUCAGAUAGCCCAGAACAAGAUGCUGUGCCUUCCGUGCAAACUGGUGGUGGACAAUUAUUGCAGGCCUCCUUGGGAGCUGAGGGGCCCAAACGGGAGCAUUCCUCCUCUGACUGGGAUUAGGAACCUCCUUGACCGGCAGCAGUACGCCUUCAUCGACGCCGUGUGCUACGAGAAGCAGCUUCACUGGUUCUCCAAGUUCUUCCCCUACCUGGUGCUGUGGCAGACCCUGGUCUUCCUCAUCUGCAGCAACUUCUGGUUCAAGUACCCGAGCACCAGCUCCAGGCUGGAGCAUUUCAUCACCAUCCUCCACAAGUGCUUCGACUCUCCCUGGACCACGCGGGCCCUGUCCGAGGCGGUGGAGAUCGUGAGCGAGAAGCAGCCCUACCGCAAGUCCAAGGUGGCCAUCAAGGUGUCCUUCUCGUCCAUCGGCGCCGAGGCGGGCGGCGCCAAGCUGGCCCAGAGCAGGGUGGAGCCCAACCUGGCCGACACGGCCGAGAGGACCAUCUUGGACCAGAAGGAAGGUGAGCAGGCAAAGGCCAUCUUCGAGAAGGUGAAGAAGUUCAAGGUGCACGUGGAGGCCAAAGACAUCAUCUACAGACUGUACAUGCGGCAGAUCAUCAUCAAGGUGGUCCUAUUCCUGGUUAUCAUCACCUAUACACCUUAUUAUGUGAUCAACAUGAAAUUUGAUCUCCAUUGUAAAGUGGAUAUCGAGAUGUUUACAGGAUACAGGGAGUAUCACUGUGUCCAUUCAUUGGCCACCAUGUUCAGGGUCCUAGCAUCUUUCUAUGCGAUGUUGGUGGCAGUGCAUGGAGUACUCAAUGCUUAUAGCCUCUACUGGAUGCUCAGGCGCUCGCUGAAGAAGUAUUCCUUUGAGACGGUCCGCGAGGAAAGUAGCUACAGGGACAUCCCCGACAUCAUCAACGACUUUGCCUUCAUUCUUCACCUCUCCGACCAGUACGACCCCCUUUAUUCCAAGCGCUUCUCCGUCUUCCUCUCGGAAGUGAGCGAGAAAAAGCUGAAGCAGAUUAACCUCAAUUUGGAGUGGACCGCCGAGAGGCUGAGGCACAAACUGCAGAAGAACCCCCAGGACAAGGUGGAGCUGUCCCUGUUCAUGAUCAACGGGCUUCCCGACGCCGUCUUCGACCUGAAGGAGCUGGAGGUGUUGAAGCUGGAGCUGAUAACGGAAGCCAAGUUCCAGGCGGCCAUGUCUCAGCUGACCAACCUGAAGGAACUGCACCUGUACCACUCGCCCAGCGUGGUGGACCCCCAGGCGUUGAGCCACCUGGCUGAGAACCUGCAAACGCUGCACAUCAAGUUCACCGACAUGGACAAAGCCCCCCGCUGGAUAUUCAGCCUGAAGAACCUGACCGAGCUCCAUAUGACGGGCAACAUAAGGUUGGAGAAGAACCUGUUCAUGUCCCUCAUGGGGUUUGAGAACCUGAAGAAGCUGAAGGUGUUACACUUGAAAAGCAGCCUCCCCCACAUCCCGGCUGUUAUCACGGGCACUGGGCUCCUCUUGAACCGGCUGUGCAUCGACAACGAGGGGACCAAAAUGACCGUCUUCAACACGCUGAAAAACAUGGUCAGCCUCACCCACCUGGAGCUCCACAACUGCGACCUGGAGCGCAUCCCGCACUCGAUAUUCAGCUUGUACAAUCUGCGCGAAAUUGACCUGAAGGGCAACAGGUUGAAGACCAUCGAGGAGAUUAUUAGUUUCCAGCACUUGAAGUGGCUCUCUUGCCUCAAGCUUUGGCACAACGCGAUCGCGUACAUCCCGCUCCAAAUUGGAAUACUGGCAAACCUGGAGCAGUUGUACCUCAAUAACAACAGAAUCGAAACCAUCCCCCCGCAGCUGUUUUUAUGCAGCAAGUUGCGGUACUUGGACUUCAGUCACAACCACUUGACUGCAAUCGGGGAAGAGGUUGGAGAACUGGUGCAUCUUCAGUAUCUCAACGUCUCUAACAAUAACCUGGAAGCGUUACCAGACGGACUGUUUUCGUGCAAGAACCUGCGGACGCUACUUGUGAGCAAUAACGGCCUGACGGUGCUCUCUCCACUGGUGGGCGAGCUGGUCAACCUUGUGUACCUCGAACUCCUGAGCAACCAGUUGGAAGUGCUGCCCAUGGAACUCAGCAACUGCAACCUGAAGCAAGGGGGCCUGGUGGUGGAAGAGGUCCUCUUCAACACCUUACCCGCUGCUUACAGGGAACAUUUGGGAAAGAGCGAGAAAGACCAAGUAUAAUCCGAGCUUGUGACCCAAAUCCGCGGCCAACAGUGUCCACAGCACGCAGAGACCAUGGGAAGAGACCUCCAUCUUCUAUCCUCGAUGAGGAUCUCGGAUCUCACACUUGUCUUCAACAUUUCUUUUUAAAAACAAUGGAUGUCAGAUAUCCAGGUGACCAUAUAGAUCCCACCCCCAACAAAAAAACCUCCAACAUAUUAAACGUGCUUGGGAAUAAUGUCAAUCCUUAGCAAGUGGAUUUUCAAAGGGAGUAGGGAAAAGCAAUGAAUGUUGAUCAGGAAUCUGAAAGCGACAAUGCAACGAAGACUCAGCCAUCCUCGAUUUAUAAGGGAGAUGAGUUUGCUGGUUCAUGUUAUUUCAGUAAUGUUUACAGGGUAUUUAAAUUUGCACAUUGUACAGUCUGGGUAUCUGUAGAUGGGGGGUGGUGGGAGAAGCAUUGCAGAUUCCCUAAAUAUAUAAAGUGUUAAAUAAAAGGAAAAAUUGCACUAAAAGACAUUAAGGGGUGGUUUGACACCCCAAAGUUUGUUUCCUUUCCAAUGUACACUCACAAGGUCAUAAGGUUAUGUGAUUGGAGCCGAAUUUGGUAAUUUGGCCCAUCAUGUCUACUCCGCCAUUCAAUCAUGGCUGAUCUAUCUUUCCCCCCUAACCCCAUUCUCCUGCCUUCUCCCCAUAACCCCCGACACCCUAUCUAUCUAUCUCUGCCUUAAAAAUAUCCAUUGACUUGGCAUCCACAGCCUUCUGUGGCAAUGAAUUCCGCAGAUUCACCACCCUCCAACUAAAUAAACUCAUCAUCUCCUUCCUAAAAUGAAAGUCCUUUAAUUCUGAGGCUAUGACUUCUAGUCCUAGACACUGCCGCCCCUGGAAACAUCCUCACCGGAUUCCAUUCUAUCCAAGCCUUUCACUAUUCGGUUAAGUUUCAAUGAGGUCCCCCCUCAUCCUUCCAAACUCCAGCGAGCACAGGCCCAUUGCCGUCAAACGCUCACCAGAUGUUAACCCACUCGCGUGGAAGCACUAUCUGCAGGCGCUCAGUAAUAUUUACCCUGGUCUCGAUGCCUGUAGAAAUGUUAUGUAC